CAGCAUGGUCCUGGUGCACGUCGGAUACCUGGUGCUGCCCGUCUUCGGCUCCGUGCGCAACAGAGGUGCUCCCUUUCAAAGGUCUCAGCAUCCCCAUGCUACCUCCUGCCGGCAUUUCCACCUGGGUCCCCAGCCUCAGCUCUCCGCCGACUUCACCCUGCCUCACGCAGUGCAGCCCCAGCCGGGGCUGACCCCUCACAUGGCCCCUGCACACCAGCACAGUGGCCCCCUGCACCAGCCCCUGGCCCCAGUGCCACCCCUGCCCUUCCAGGACGUCGCUGGACCCUCCUUCCUACCUCAGGCGCUACACCAGCAAUACCUCCUCCAGCAGCAGCUCCUCGAGGCACAGCACCGCCGGCUCAUGCCCCAUCCCAGGCGGGCUCAAGAGCGCAUGUCUGUCCAGCCUCACCGCCUACACCCCAGCUUCGACUUCAGCCACCAACUGCAGACUCCACAACCCAUGGGGCCCCAGCCCAGGUAUUUAGCAGAAGGCACGGACUGGGACCUCAGUGUCGACGCGGGACUGACUCAUGCCCAGUUCCAGGUCCGGCCCGUCCCUCAGCCAUAUCAGCAUUACUUGGCCACGCCUCGGAUGCACCACUUCCCCAGAAGCACAUCCUCAACGCAGAUGGUUGUUCAUGAAAUCAGAAAUUACCCUUACCCUCAGCUUCAGUUGCUUGCUCUUCAGGGACUGAACCCAAGCAGGCACACAUCUGCUGUGCGGGAGAGCUACGAAGAGCUGCUGCAGCUGGAGGACAGGCUGGGCAGUGUGAGCCGGGGUGCUGUCCAGAACACCAUUGAGAGAUUCACCUUCCCCCACAAGUACAAGAAGGCUAGGAAGCUGCGGGCCAAAUUUUCAAAGGGGUCUCAGCCUUCUCCCACCCAGCGGGUGCAAUUCCCCCCCUGUCCGCACCUGAGAAGACCACAGGAAGGCAAAGCUGAGCAAGACGACGGAGAGGAGUCAGACACUGAUGAGAAAUGCACAAUCUGUCUGUCCAUGCUCGAAGACGGAGAAGACGUCAGGCGGUUGCCCUGUAUGCAUCUCUUCCACCAAGUGUGCGUGGACCAGUGGCUGGCCACCAGCAAGAAGUGCCCGAUCUGCAGGGUGGACAUUGAAACACAGCUCGGCUCGGACAGCUGAAAGGACUGGCUGGACACACCAUUUUCCUUACCAGGUCGUAUGGCCAUAAACCCUUGCAGCAAAAUUUUUUGCCUUCUGAGCCAUUUGAUUGAGAGGGGAAGUCUGCAGGCACGUUAGUGAGGAGGAGGAGGUGGUGGUACAAUAUCUAGCAGUAGGAGAUAUUGCACAUACGCAGGAUACAGGCCCAGUGAGAGGGAGCUGGCAUUCCCGGAGCUCAGAGACCCCGUGCUGCAGAAGAUUUAGUGUUGAACAUGAAGGAACUAGUUGUGGUAGCCUGGCCUGUCAAUCCUGCACUUCAUGGGGAUUGUAUAUAUACCUCUUGAAUAUGUAGAAACAUGUUAGGGGUCCUUUAGCUAUUUCUAUGGAUGGCAGCUGGAGCAUGUUAGCUUAAGAAAUGUUGUGUUUGAUGCCCUACUCAUCUUGUGGUGGACAUGUUGCUGUUACCUAUUUUGCACCAAAUAUUUUUUCAUAGAUUCCUUAUUUUGGUGCCUGAUUAAUACAUUGCAGAGGGGGGAAUAAAGAGGUCAAACUUUCCCACCCUUGGGGUGGGGAAAGAGGAGAAAAAGCAAAAUCCUGUUUACAGUCAGAAGGGUUUGCGCUCUUUGCCUCAGCCGCGUGUGCUUCUUUCCCUUGCAUUUACAGUGUGUUGCAAAUUUAGAGAAGCUUAAAAAAAUAAAAAUUGGGGAUAAAACGAGCGAAGCAAUAGGGAGAAGCUUCGUUCCUGCUUGUCUGCUGGUGCUGGACACUUUCUGUAGGGGCAUAAUAUUGGACUAGAUGCUGUUUCUUUGCUUUCUGUAUCUUUAACAAAGUAGCUUUUCAUAUCAAAAUCCAAGGAAGAUCUGUCUAUUUGAUUGCCAUUGUCUGUGAUGCUUUCUCCUGUGAGCUGUGUGACUGGUUGGCCUCACCAGCACUGCUCCAAAAUGAUGGUUACUGGAGUGGGUGCCUACAGCUGUGCCUCGGGGUAUAAUAACACCAGAGAGGUGCCGAGAGGUGCAAAACGUCGACUCUUCUCCUGCGCAAAAGCAUCUCUGAUAACAGGACAGAAGAAAACUCGAUGCUCACAAAGCACUGCUGAGGCCAUGAGCACAUGGGCGUGGGAGGGGGAGGGAGGCUGGAAGUGGGGUUGCUGCUUUUUUGGAGGUUUUGCUGCUGGGUUGUGACCUGCCUCAAAGAACACGUACCUGCACCCAUGUGAGCUUGUGUACAUGUUUCAGGCCAUAUCCACACGGAGUAAUCAGUGGUUGUUAAAACACAGCUUAAUCACAUUAACACUCAAAACAGGAUUAAGAGGUAAUACCCGAAGGAGUGAGCUGUUGUGAUCCAUGCUCCCCCUGGAAAAAAAAAAACACCUCAGCACGCCAACCACAGGGACCGAGUGGAAAACCCUCUGGAAAAAAAAAUGACAUUCGCAACCAAAACAUUCCUUUUCUUUCCUUUUUUUUUUUUUUUUUUUCUUUAUUUAAAUUUCAUACUAGGGGAGUGAAAGAGCUGCAGAGGAGCAGCAGGGGAAUUAGUCAGGAACAUUAUGUAUUGAAAAUUCUGAUGUGGUGGGAACGAUUUCUGGCUCCCCUGAGCAUCCGUUUUGCUGGAGCCAAGUGAUGCUCUCCAAGUAGAAUCAAUCAUGAACUGCUAUCUGAGAAAUCAGAAGAUUCCCAAGAGCUGUAAUUGGAAAACACCAACCUCAGAGGCACCACAGAGAUAUUUUUUUUUUUUCUUUUUCCCAAGGGAAGAGGGGAAAGAAAGGGGGAAUCCCCAUGGACGUGAAGGUGCAAGAGCUUCUCUCUUCGUGUGUCCAUGUAGGUAGGAUGGAGGGGAGUGGGACAGUUGAUGGGAUAUAGGGAAAA